AGGAGGGCGUGGCUACACCUGGGAGUAGCCAGGUGGCCUGGGGACUGCGGCGUCCAGGGAGAAGCGCUGACGUGAGCUGGGCGCACCUAGGCGGAGCAGAAUCUUUGGGUGGCCCAGAGAAAGGACAGCUGACUCCAGUCCCAGCUCUUCAGAUCCCUGUGGACACGCUGCCUGCUCACUUAUAUCAUGGCCCUCCACCCCCGCAGAGUUCGGCUGAAGCCCUGGCUGGUGGCCCAGGUGGAUAGUGGUCUGUACCCUGGGCUCAUCUGGCUACACAGGGACUCCAAACGCUUCCAGAUUCCCUGGAAACAUGCCACUCGGCAUAGCCCUCAACAAGAAGAGGAAAAUACCAUUUUUAAGGCCUGGGCUGUGGAGACAGGGAAGUACCAAGAAGGGGUGGAUGACCCUGACCCAGCUAAAUGGAAGGCCCAGCUCCGCUGUGCUCUCAACAAGAGCAGGGAAUUCAACCUGAUGUAUGAUGGCACCAAGGAGGUGCCCAUGAACCCAGUGAAGAUAUAUCAAGUGUGUGACAUACCCCAGCCCCAGGGCUCGAUCAUUAACCCAGGAUCUACUGGCUCUGCUCCUUGGGAUGAGAAGGAUAACGAUGUGGAUGAAGAUGAUGAGGAAGAUGAGCUGGAUCAGUCACAGCACCAUGUUCCCAUCCAGGACACUUUUCCCUUCCUGAACAUCAAUGGCUCUCCCAUGGCACCAGCCAGUGUGGGCAACUGUAGUGUUAGCAACUGCAGUGUGGGCAACUGCAGUCCUGAAGCGGUGUGGCCAAAAACUGAGCCUCUGGAGAUGGAAGUACCCCAGGCACCUAUACAGCCCUUCUAUAGCUCUCCAGAGCUAUGGAUCAGCUCUCUUCCAAUGACUGACUUGGACAUCAAGUUUCAGUACCGUGGCAAGGAAUAUGGGCAGACGUUGACCGUGAGCAACCCCCAGGGCUGCCGGCUCUUCUAUGGGGACCUGGGUCCUAUGCCUGACCAGGAGGAGCUCUUUGGGCCUGUCAGCCUGGAGCAGGUCAAGUUCCCAGGUCCAGAGCAUAUCACCAAUGAGAAGCAGAAGCUGUUCACCACCAAGCUUCUAGAUGUCAUGGACAGAGGACUGAUUCUGGAGGUCAGCGGUCACGCCAUUUAUGCCAUCAGGCUGUGUCAGUGCAAGGUGUACUGGUCUGGACCAUGUGCCCCGUCGCUUGUGGCUCCCAACCUGAUUGAGAGGCAAAAGAAGGUCAAACUGUUUUGUCUGGAAACGUUCCUUAGUGAGCUCAUCGCCCAUCAGAAAGGACAGAUAGAGAAGCAGCCGCCAUUUGAGAUCUACCUGUGCUUUGGGGAAGAAUGGCCAGAUGGGAAACCCCUGGACAGGAAACUCAUCUUGGUCCAGGUUAUUCCGGUGGUGGCUCGGAUGAUCUACGAGAUGUUUUCUGGUGACUUCACACGAUCCUUUGACAGUGGCAGUGUCCGCCUGCAGAUCUCAACUCCAGACAUCAAAGAUAACAUCGUUGCUCAGCUGAAGCAGCUGUAUCGAAUCCUGCAAACCCAGGAGAGCUGGCAGCCCAUGCAGCCCACCACCAGCAUGCAGCUGCCCCCCGCCCUGCCGGCUCAGUAACCAUGGAUGCAGUCUUCCUUCCCUUUUUUACAAUAUUGUACAUACAGAUAUUUUUUAUUAUUCAGAUUUAACCAGCUUUUAAAGCCCCUUUUCUUUCUAACAAUGUGAGUAGUUUUUGAUUCUCCAAAUAUGUCUGGCUCUUCAAGUUGAUUUAAUUUAUGGAAAAAUCACCUUUCAUACUUUCCCUUUCUUUCUUUUUUUUUUUUAAACAUCCCCAUGGUAGUAUAAUUUAGUAGAAGGAGAAUUGGCCUGGGGGUUUUGGACACCAGCAUUCUAGUUACAGCUUUGCUUCCCAUGUGCGACUUUGAACCAAGUCAUUUAACCUGUGGGCUUCAGAUUCAUUGCUGUAAAGGGAAGGGGUUGGAACGGUGCCCGAAAUAAUGCUUUAAAACUCUGACUUGAUGACUUCAUUCUCCUUGUAUAAAACCGCCUGGAACAGAACCCUUCUGCAUUGUUCUUGCCCCACAUUUUCUUCUUGCUUUCAUUAAAGUUCCCUCAAGCA